UUAGGUAAUCUGCCGAUCAUAUUCAACGUUACCAUGCAAAAGAUUGGAAAUAAAUUAUAGAAAACUCAGAAUAAAAGAUUUGAAAGAAAAGGAAAAGAAUUUUACCACUUGUUUAAGAAAAAGAAAAAAAGAAAACAAAAUAUGUAAUUCCGUUGCCGGGAAUCGAACCCGGGUCUUUCGGGUGAGAGCCGAAUAUCCUAACCGACUAGACUACAACGGAUUAUUGAUUUUAUAAUUCGUAGUUUUUCUGAAACGCAAUUGACAAUCUGUAGCUUUCCUUAUCGCGGUGCCAUAUUUCCAGUUUCACUGUCCAGUGCACUAUUUUUGAGCAAAUUUUCAUGGCGGCGAAACCUGUAAACGACAAGAAUAUCCUGGAGCAACUUAAACAUGGAGUUGCUAAAUUCGAGAUUGUGUCUUCGCCAGAUCCUUCAAUCUCCACUUGGACUCCUUUCUUUGCACACACCAGCCAUCGCUUCUUUGCUAGGAUUGGACCAUCGCUUAGUGGAUCACCGGCAACGAAAAAAUUGGAACGCUAUUCAGUUCAGAAGGUUACCGGGGAUGGCCGGUGUCUAUUCCGUGCACUGGUCAAAGGAAUGGCUCUCAAUAAGGGUGUCUCACUUAAUCCACGUGAAGAAAGAGAUGAUGCAGAUGAUCUACGAAUGGCUGUGAAGGAGGUUUUAUGUAAUGGUGAUAAAGAACGCCGGCAGUAUGAAGAAGCUCUGAUUGCCAUCAGCGUUGAUGAGUCUUUGAAACGUUAUUGUCAACGCAUUGGGCGCCCUGAUUUUUGGGGAGGAGAGUCAGAGCUAUUGGUCCUGUCGAAGUUAUGCAGUCAACCAGUCAUUGUUUACAUUCCGGAGCAUGAGUUUCUUACAAUAAAUGGAAAAGCUUUGAUUAAAAGAAAUGAUCAUACAAGGAGCGGAUGGGGUUCUGGCUUUAUUCCCAUAGCAGAAUAUGGAACUGAGUUUCGCAAGGGCAUGAAAAAGGGAAAACCAAGGAAAGUUGUGAGGCUACUGUACAAUGGUAAGAACCAUUAUGACCUGCUUUUCUAAGACUUCUUCUGCAAGGGAGGAAGGAUGUAUAAGAUCGAUAUUUGCCGAGGAAACAGAUGGCAAUUCCAGUUUGUAUUAUUAAUACUAUGCUACCCAAGGAGAUUAGAAGUUGUGUCGUGAUGACAAAUGAACACCCUGAUGCAAAUUCGUCUGGUCUUGCUCAUUGAGACUACAAAGAUUCUAUUCUUCUGUUUUUUGAAGGGUGGUGAUAAGAGCAGCUCCAAACAGAAAACAGUCUGACUAUGCUACUUAUGUUUGAUAGACAGAAAACAAAUGACAUUGAUUUUUCUGUAGCACUACUUUCUUCUCUUUUUUAAUUACUAUUAUUAUUAUUACCAUUGUUAUCUGUUUAUGCGAUGUAAACUUGCUGAUACAUUUCACUUUGUGAAGAAAAAGCCUCAACUCCACUUGAUACAA